UAAGAGGAGCUGCUGCUGGCGCUGGAAGGCAUCAGAAACACUUCCACAGUGCUGUCGACUGACGUCAACGCUACUCCGCUACCAUUGCUGCUACUCCGAGACACCUGCUACCUGCUGCCAGAGGCAUCAUGCGCUUCUGGAAGCUCUCCCCCUUCCUGGCUCUUGGCUUCUUGGUCCUGUACCAGGUGGGCAUCUUCCAGGCAGCUCCACUCAGGACUGCCCCGGAGAACCUGGAACACCAUGCUUCACUCAACGAACAGGAUUUUUCACUGGAUGAGGAGGAAGCCGAUGUCCUCCUGCUGGCUGCUAUGAUUAAGAACUGGGUGAGGAAGAUGGCCACUGAGCCGGAGCAGGAGACCCAGAGCCCCAGCAUCACUGUCCAGAAGAGAGCCUGCAACACUGGCACCUGCUUGACCCAUAAGCUUGCAGGCUUGCUGAGCACAAUUGGAUUUAUGACAAACAGCCACCUGCUGCCCCCCGACAUGGUUGCCAAAGGCUCUGGCCGCAAAGCCAGGGAUCUUGAUGCCUGAGAAGCUAACUCCAGUAAGAAGAUCACCAUGAAGCUGAACUCUACAUCUUUCAUUCAUAGUAAAAGCAACUUAUAGGAAAGCAUGGACGACACACACAUAUGCAU